AUGUCUUCUCGCUACUCCACCCCGGACUACACACUUGACGACAUGCGCUCCGAGCCUUUGAUCGGAUAUGACUAUGUCCAGAAUGGGAUUCGCUACUAUCCCGAUCGCGAUCAAUGGAGUCCCGCUUGGGAGCCAGAACCCUCUCAAGCUUCUCAACCAUCUCCAAAUGACAUGGUUGUGGAUCCACCAGUCAUUGAAGAGGCCAAACCAAAUACCGGGACCGCUAAUGGAUCCAAUGGGAAGGCGCCGAUUGACCCCGUGCUGUCUAACAACCUUUUUCGAUCGACUAGUACUGGCCCCAUGGAGAAGAUCGUUAUUCCGAAAGGGAUGGAAAUCGUGGAAACCCCAGGCUACUACUAUCCCCUCAAGGCGAAAUGGCAUUUCGUUUACGAUCCUCAAGAACGUUAUGACCUCUCCUCAAUUCCCGCCGCAGUCCCCAGAGAGCUUCCCCCCGGCCUCCCGAUCCCCUUCUUGAAGACCACGGCUCCGAUCGACUUCUCUUCAAAUUCUAGCUCUCCGGCUCCGUCUUCGCAAUCUAGCUCGGCACCCUCGACCUCGUCUAACACUUCGUCCACUGCGUCCUCAGCCUAUCCCCCAAUCUCCGCUUAUAUCGGCUUGAACCAUCAAGGGGUUCAACGACUCCUCCUUGACGACAACAACCCGCCAUCCGCCGUGUGUAUUUAUACCGAAGAAGAUGUUAUGCGCAUCUUUGAAGGUAUCGCUCCCGAUUACAAAUAA